CGGCUCGAAAUUCCUGGAAAAUGCUGCUCAAUGGCCAAUUCCAGGAGAGGUGAGGUGCCACACACUUCUAUCUUUCCUCGUUGGAAGAACUUGGCAUCCUGACCGGGCUGCGCCAUGUUUGUCAACUAUGAGUGAGCUCGUCGAGUUGAGCAGCCGUCGAAGAUGCCGAUGUUCGAUGUAGCAGUCCAAGCGCGGUGUGUGACGGAUCGUGACAUGUCUCGUCUGCACCGACCGCCUCCCACCAAUCAACGCUCCCGAGACACGCUCAACCAGGCGUUGCAUUUUCCGGUUGACUCUGCUCUCAAGAACCUCAAGAAAUGCAGGAAUCAUUUGAAAACGAUUCUUGCUACUUAUCAGGAUGAACGUGAAAUUCUGGAGCGCUUGUACUACAAGGGAAAGAACCAGCACCGCUCAGCUUUAUUCUGGAAGCGUGUGGUAGAAACUCGUCGAUACAGCAACCGCCUCAACGAAUUAGACCCUGUCAUGCUAAUAGAUGAUAUGCAACAGUCAUUCUUCGAUGCGAACUCGGCUAAUAUGAAAAAAGCGCUUAAAGGCGCAUGGACGUGCUAUCCGGACCACAAGUUCGUUUCAUACAUGCGAAACCGAUUAGAAUUGAUAUCUGAUUUCGCUUCAAAGACACACGCGCGACUGAGUCAGGCUUAUAGAUCACUAAGUCUCGCUAUGCAAUCGGGGGCGUUCAUUCAGUACAUUGUCCUCUUGGUUGCUAUCAUAUCUCGAAUGGAUAUCCUCACUGUUGAACUACUAGCGGGAAUUCAGCAGGCAUCUUCAACCGUUCGACAACUGCAUGAUAUCUUGAAAAAUCUAGCUCACACCACGUCGCCCAAAGUGAUGUUUCAGGGCCUUGAUAUAAUCAGCAUGGAUCCCGCACAGUUGGACCCCAGUGCCUUGGGCUGUUUAGUCUCGGACACGAUUACGUCGGAAACAGAUGCACCCAGGACACCCGCCCCGCUUCCAUCAGUUACUCAUGAUUCUUCCCUUGACGGUGACCGCAGCAUGCUUGCACAAGCAGAGGAGCCAGUGGAGAUUAUUGUUAAGAGGAAAAGGACCAAGAAGAAGAAAGAUGAAAUUGAUGAUAUCUUCGGUUUCUAAUCCACUCUGUGGGUGUCAAACCUGGUUCAUUGUAGUGGCUACCUAAAAAAGGUUCCCGGAAUUUGUACCAAAUAGUAGUACGAAGAGAAGUGAAAAAACAAAGAAAGAUGAGAUCACAUCAACGAAA